AUGGCAGAAUCUGCAGGGAUGAAACUAUUUAGCAAGCUGGAUAGUAUCUUGGCAAUGACACAGAAGAUCCCUACAAAAAGAUCUAUUGUGCACUACGCCACCCUCACAGAAGAAGAAAAGCGGAACAAUAGUGUUGAGUGGCUAACGUCGAUGUGGCAGAGACGGCUGAAUGGGAUACUAGGGGAUCAAAUGGGAUCUGGAGGAAUAAUCUCAACGCUUGCAUUUAUUGCUCGUCUCAAAGAGGAAGGUCACCAUGGCCCAUACAUGAUAGUUACUUCUCUGUGUGGCGGCGGUAUCAUGGACUGGAUGAAAGGGAUAAAGCUUUUCCCAUCCAUGAAUCAGUUGUUGUAUGUUGGAAACCAAAAGGAUCUGGCGAUGAAGAAGAAAGAGUUUGUGCACAAACCUGUCGGCCCUGACUUUCCAAUCAUACUGACCACACAUGGUUUUGUCUUGGUAGAAAAUAAUUGGCUUGCUCAGUAUCACUGGAAAUAUGUCAUUGUUGAUGAGGGCCGCCGGCUGGAUAAAAGGGGACGUGAAGUAUUGGAGGAGGUAAAGCGCCAGCCAAUGGGUCAUAAGCUCCUUUUGAUCAGGGAACCGUUCCAAAAUAACCUAGCAGAGCUGUGGUCGCUAUUGAACUUUGCUCUGCCUAGUGAUUUCUGGUCCCAUGAGGAUUUCGAUUCGUGGUUUGAAAGAUCUGGGAAAGAAGGUGAGGACCAACAAACUGAAGAAGAAAGAAGGGCCCUUCUUCCAAAGCUUCAUGCCAUCUUGCGUCCAUUCCUUCUAAGGGACAUGAAGUCAGAAGUCGAAAACAGGGUUCCACAAAUGAAAGGAGCCACAUGCUACAAGACCAAAGUUGUCCAAAAUUCCGAUGUGAUUAGCGUCACAUGCUCCAGCAACCAUGCAGCAAUAAAAGGUGCAAGGACUGGUGCUCAAGAGGUAGCAGCAGAGGUUGUUGCUGAAACUGGUGGUGAAGGUAGCCCAAACAUGUGGUCCAGACAAUUGGGCUUGGAAGUGGAAGGCAAUAAGGUUAUAAAGAGGUCUCGGACAAAUGAUGUGUUUUUCCCACCGGUUGGCAGAAGCGAUCCAGCUGUGCGAAUGCAAGUGCAAGAGUCAACUCCCUCUGAAUCAAUCUUCAAAGCACUCAAAGAGAUACCUGGCUUAGCCCGUACUGAUAUUCUAAGAUUCUACAGUUCUCUUAUCCGUGAUGAUCGUCAAUUUGAAUCUCUCAUGGCACUCCCAAUGGACACGAGAAAGGAUUGGCUGCUCAUGGAGAUUAUAAAUAAUUAG